AUGUUGUGGCCGCAGCGUGAGAAGCUUGCGUCGGCGAGGUUGGAAGAGGAGAGGGCGACCGCGCGCGACGUGCGGGGAAAGUUCGUGGAGGAGCUGUGGGGGCUGGCGCGCGAGUUCCGGAUACGAGAGCAGGAGCAGGCGAACGCCGACCAGCUCGGGAAGAAGCUCGCCCGCUUGGAAGGGGUCGAGACCGACCUCCGGGAGGCAGAAAGCAAACUCAUCAAGAUGCAAUCUGCACACGAAGCAGCGGUGGCAGCGGCGGCAGCGGCGGCGGCGGCGGGCAUUCCUGGUAGCGGUGGCAGCGGCGGCACCAGCGCCGAGCAGCCGGGCUCGCCCGACUCGAUAGGCAGCUUGGGAACCGCAAGGCAGCCCCACGGGUCAGAGGCUUCGCCGGGGGGAGAGGGGGGCGGCGAGCAGGCAACGUCGCCGCCAUCUCCACCGCCGCCGGCGCCGGCCGUGAAGCCUUGUCUACUUUUGGACCUCGAGAAGAAGCCUCUGCUGAAGGUGUUCGUCUUUCUCAACGCUGGGGAGGUGCUUCGCGCGGCGCAGGUCUGCCGGCCCAUGUUCCGCAAGGUGGACCUGAUGUUCGGCAUCGGCAGUCAGGCGGUGAGUGCCGAGCCGACCCCUCCUGCAGCCCCUCCUGCCCCGUCUGCCGCUGCUGGCAUCAUCACCGGGGGCGGUGCCCCAGCGGGCGCAAGAGAUCGAGCGGGAUCGGCCGCGUCCGCGUCGUCGGCGUCGACCGGGGCACCGGGGAAUCGGCUCGGACAGAGAGCACUGGCAAGUGCUCUCGGGGUAGUGGCUAGCAGGGUGGAGGCCGUCACCGCGGGAGCGAGCAGCGGUUUCGGCUCCUUGGCGGGAGCGGCGGCGACCUUAACCGGGGCCGGCGAUGGCGGCUCGGGGCCGGGCGGCGGCGGCGGCGGUGGCGGGAUGUCGCCGGAGCUGAUGGACGACCUGUCGAAGCGGCUGACGACGGUCGAGAUGAAGGGGAUCAUCCAGCUCACGGAGCGAGGGAGAAGGAUGGAGGCGAGGGCGGGGGCCUUGCAGGCUGAGAAGGAGGACCUCUUCGCCAGGCUGCAGGGCACGGAGAGCGUGAAGGAGUUCCUGGUGGCCAAGCUCAAGGACACGGAGGCCGCCCUUAAGCGCAGCCUCGACGAGAAGGGCCUGACGCUGAGGCAGUCGGCGUCCGACCAAGAGGUCAUCUCCUUCUUGGACUCCAGGACACAGGAAAUGGAAAGGGUGGCGCAGGAGACGAUGGACAAGGCCAUGACCUACCAGACCGAGCUCGAGGACCAGAAGGCUAGCGGCCAGAAGCAGACCAAGGUCCUGGAGGACAUGCUGAGGUUCGAGAAGCAGCGGGGGGAGGCCGGCGAGGCCGCCUUCAAGGCCCAGAAGAAGCUCCUUGUGACCGAGGUGAAGAAGCUGAGGACGACCAACCUGGCGCUCAAGGCCGAGUGCGACGACCUGCGGCAGCAGCUCAAGGACCUCCGCACCUCGGUGUCGCAGCUCGGCCGAUGACAUGGCGUUGGGGUUGUUGUUGAUUGGGAGGCACAAGGCCGUGGUGCAUUGCGGCGCGUCCACCCGUAACACAAGGUUUUCCGAAUGGGCGGCACGCACACCCUAGAGUGGCAUUUUUUUUUACUCGUUUUUCGCUCCGCGGCCACGAGGGUGCGACUAGCGACGUGAUGCAUGCGAAGCUAAGCUCAGGCUGUCCCUUUUCGGUGUCGGCGUCCUUUGUGGGGAAAAUCAAUCGAGGCGUGAAAGUUGGUCUAGGUGUGUGUGUGUGCAAUGGCUCCACCUUUCAAGGUAUAGCACCGAGUUAGUCGCUAUUAGAGCAACUCUAAAUGCGCUGUUGUCGUGCAGCUUUUUCAUGUGUGUGCCGCUCCGCCUUUCACCGUGCCUGGGGUAGUGGGGGAGUUCAGCAACGCACUUGCACCGGGCAGCAUCGCGCUUUUUUUUGUCGCUAGACUAAAGGUGUAACCUGCUGGUGUAAUACGACUGCUGUGUCCUGUUUUGGUACGGGGAAACUCAGCUCGUGUAGACUAAUAUAACGGUACGCCGGUGCCGUCGU